ACAAGGGAGUUAGAAUGGGGCCAGAGCAUUAGUCCCUCUGUGGAGGUGAGGACUGGGGAUGUUAAACACAGAUUUUACUGUUCAGAAGAUUGGAAGUGUUGCAAUUGACAUCUGAGUGUGGACUUUACAGAAGCAAUGGAUUUGGAACUUGUGUAUACCUGAGAACACUUUGAUUCUUGCCUGGGACUCGGAGUAACAGUGAAGAUGAGGAGCACGGUACUGCUUGUCCUGCUGCUGCCCUGCUUCUUUGGGACUGUUUCUGGAAACUUUGCACCUGCUUUUUGUGCAAAUAUGACCUAUAUAGAGCUGAGAGAAGACUUGAAUAUAAGUCAACAUGCUUUCUGGAUUUGUGCUGUCGAUUAUGAAAAUGAAGCCUUAAAAUACAGUAUGACUGGACAAAAUGCAAACUACUUUAAUGUAGCUGAAGAGACAGGGGAAGUAAAAAUAAAAUCACCCCUAGACAGAGAGAUACAGGCCAGAUUUACUGUAACGCUGGGGGUUAAAGAUUCCACCAAUGACAUAGUGCUGAAGUCAAUUACUAUAGUUCUAGUGGAUGCAAAUGAUAAUAGACCUAUAUUUAUCAAUGCCCCAUACAAUAAGGAUGUCAACGAGAACGUAGCUGAAGGUACAGUCCUGUUUCAAGUUACUGCAACAGACGCAGACGAAAAUGCUUUUGUGACAUACUCUAUUGACGAGGUUGUGCCAGACAAUGCUGAAAAUCAUGAUCUUUUUGUUAUUGAGAGAAAUGGAGAUGUCAAGCUCAAUGGCACAUUAAACUACAACGACAAAAGCACCUACUAUCAGCUAAAAAUCAAAGCCACGGACAACGGUGGUCUACUCUAUGGUGAUUUUGUUUAUCAAAGUAGCUUAGCCUAUGGAUUCAUUAAUGUUAAAGAUGCCCCUGACAGGAACCCAGUCUUUUUAAACGCACCCUAUCAGACCUCCGUUGAAGAACACACACCUGUUGGUCAGUCUGUGUUUACAGUGAAAGCCAUUGAUGGUGACAAAGGAAUCAACGACCAAAUAUUCUUUUCCAUUGACGCUAGCAAUGUCGAUGGAAAGUUUGCAAUUAAUACAUUAACUGGACAAAUAUCAGUGAAUGAAACUAUUGACAGAGAACAGUUACUGGAGAUCAAUGCUGAAGUUGAACUGACGGUUACAGCUACGGAGAAAGAAAAUAACAUAGGUGGAAAACCAGCAAAAACAUCAACGACUGUGACAAUCAGAAUUAUUGACCUCAACGACAACAAACCUGAGUUCUACAACUGCAUGGGGGAAUGUGAUUUCAGCAGCGAUAAGCAGGACAGCUUCACUGGUUACAUAGAGGAGCAUUCCUCCACAGGGGUGUCAGUGGCCAAUCUGACCAUCGUAGCCCGAGAUCCGGAUGAGGGAUCUAAUGCCAGGUUUGUAUUGACCCUACAAGGACCAGAUGCCAAAGCCUUCUCAGUAGCUCCGAAAAAUGUCCUUGGAAGCAGCCAGGUGCAGAUCCAGGUCUUGAUCCCAAAUGACGUUGACUAUGAGAAACAACAUGUCAUGAGUGUGGAGGCUAGCGAUCCUGACACCGAGGACAAAGACAAAAUCACCUACAGACUUCUACCUGACAGCAUAUUAGAAUUCUUUGCAGUUGGCGAAAAAACUGGGAUAAUCACUGUCAAGACUUCAGGAAAUCUGGACAGAGAAACACGCUCGGUUUACUUUGCCACUUUACAAGCAACCGACACUGCGAAUAACAUAGGAACCACCGUGCUGGAAAUCAAUCUCCUGGACAUUAAUGACCAGACCCCCAAAAUGGUCAGGGACUCUUACAUGGUCUUUGUUAAAGAAGGACCCGACGGGAAACUAGACCUUACGAUCGAGGCUUUUGAUAACGAUGAACCAGGAACUAACAACAGUGUGGUUCGGUACAAGAUAGAAGACAGUGAGUUCAGCAACAACUUCAUCAUCGAUGAAGAGACAGGCGUGGUAACAAUAAAUGGGACUUUGGACAGAGAGGCCAUAGAACCUUUGUUAAAUGGAAAAAUUCAGCUGACAGUGACGGCAUAUGAUUGGGGACAUCCGAUUCUGUCUUCAUCCGUUAACGUGACCAUCAAUGUAGAGGACAUCAACGAUAAUAACCCAGUGUUCACCCAAACUGUGUAUCAGGACUCUGUACGAGAGAGUGACAAAGGUGCUUAUGUGGGGUUUGUGCAAGCCACGGAUCAGGACCAGACAGAAAUCCACAACCGUAUCUCCUACCGGAUAACUGACGGCAGCUUUGGCAACUUCAUCAUUCGCACUUUCCAAAGCAACGAGGGUUACAGGGGCAACGUCACAGUGGACCCCGACAUUGAACUAGAUUACGAAAAAAAUAAGAAAUUCACUCUGAUCAUCGAAGCCUCAGACCUCGGUCAGAAUUCUGCCACGACCACCAUGGAGGUGACCGUCCUGGAUGUAAACGAUGAGCGGCCGACCCUCAAUGUCCAGUCUCUCACUGACGUGAACGUGAAGGAGAACAGAUCCACGAGCGGGGUGGUCAGAAACAUAACCGGGACUGAUUCUGACACCAAUCACUCUCUGGUUUAUGAGCUUCUGGAAGUGACCUGUGAAUGUAACAAAGACGUUCCUGAAAGCGAGUGCCUGGACUGGUUUUGGCUGAGUCCAGACGGCUCAGUGACAGUGAACGACAGCUCUGAGAUCGAUUAUGAGGCCUGUCAUUAUGUCAAGAUGGAAGUACAAGUGGUCGAUACGUUUACAGAGAAAGGGCAAAAUCACAGCACUUCAGGAAUAUUGAUAAUCAACAUUGUUGACAUCAACGACAACCCUCCAGAAUUCAUUUCAAACGAGAAGUUGUUUGUGGUGGUCCCAGAAGUUGAUGGCAAAGAUACUGAAGUGGCAACUGUGUCUGCCAGCGACCGUGAUUCUGGACAAAAUAAAGUUAUAACAUUUGCAGUUCAGCAAGUUGAGUUUAUCACAUCUGAUGGCUCCACUACGACCCUGUCAGGCAUCUUCAAAAUAGAGACUACAGUAGAAAAUGGCUUCUAUAAGGGAAUUAUAAGGAUUGAAAACCCCCUUAACAGUGCAUUGAAAGGAAAGUACAAGGUAACAGUCCUGGCUAAAGACUCUGGAAGCCCAGUCUUGGAAACCACAACACAGCUUGAAAUCUUCACAAUUGACACAAGUUACCGUGUUGACCUCCGAUUUACAUCGUCUGCUGAUGAAAUCAGGAAGAACAUCGUUCCCAUCACCAGCAUUUUGGCUGGAGCCACCGGUGCAACAGUGCACGUUUUAGACAUCGUAGACCAGGGAGUUAAACAAAGAGUCACAGCGAUUUCCACCAUGAGUGUAUACUUUGUGUACCAAAAUGGAUCUGCGAUUAUUCCCAAAGACAUUAUCGAUGUUCUUCAGAGUGACGUUCAAGCGUUUCAGGAGCUUAACAAAUACGGCCUUGUGUAUGUUGACUCGGGGUCGCAGAAGGAGCCUGAGAGUCAGAAUGUGCUCAUUGGUGUGAUAGCCGGCUUAAUUGGGGCUCUGAUUAUUGUGAUGGCUGCCAUGAUAACUGCUCUGGUUUGCACCAGUAAAAGCUACAAAAGAAAACUGAAGGCUGUCAAUGCACUGAAGUCAAUUAACUCAGACAAGGCAGACAACCUUCAGACUGGACCUGUGGUUCCCGGGACUAACAAGUACACCAUGGAAUGUGCUAACCCUGUGUUGAAUUUGAAUAUUGACUCUGCCACUGACCUGGGUUUUGAUGAAGAGAGCGCUGAUCGAGUGAGCCUGAACUCACUGGACAACAAUGAUGAUCUGAACGUAUCAGAAAAAGACUCAAUGCAUUUGAUGAUUAUUGAAGAGGAGGAGGAAGAGGAGGAGGAGUUCACUGAGCAGCCGUAUAUCGAGCCACUAGAUCAAGCACUAGCUCUGCGCAACAAGAAAAAGGGAAGCGAUGAGACCUAUUCCUUCACUAACCCUGCCCUCGACACCACCGAUCUCUAAGGAACGGAAUGGACAGCACUGUCUUGAUUUAAAAUGAUAUAUCAUUCCUGUUGGUUUCUCAUUCAAUAAAAUAAAAUAAAAAAUCAGCAUUUUAGCAUUUGGCCACUAGUAGUGCCGGCUAUUGAAAGAAAAUCCUGCUAAUAGAUAAAUCGUUUGAUUUUGCAUACAUUGCUCCUCAGGAUGUACUUUGCUUGUGUUUUCUGAUCUACUGUAAUGCAAACCUUUUUUGUCUUGCUUUGUUUACCAAAUGGAUCUGGGUCACCCUUCUGCCCCCCACCAAAACAAACUCUUUCUCAGAGCUCUCUGUCAAAAUCAGGAGACGCAUUUCCAUUGCUUACACCUACUGAGCAGCAUUAUCACUCACACACAGUGCAAACCUUGUGAUAUGCACGUUAAAGAUCUCAAUGUGCAUAUCACAAUCUAAAGUCGUGUUCCCCUGGUGAAUAUAUCUGAAGUGCAAUUCAUGUUUUUCUUGUAUAUGAUAUCCUUAUGGAUUUUGGAGGGGCAGCUGCAGUCCACCAUAAUCUGGUCAUUUGUCACUGUGUUUACAGACCCAUGCUUUACAGACACUUUAUUUGCUCUUCUGGCGUUGUGUAAGAUGUUCACAGAUUCACAAAUAAGCUCUAAACAUAGAUUUUGUGUUUUUUGUGUAUUUUACAGAACACUAAUUUAUUUGUGUAAUGUAAAUAUAAUGCUUGUGUGUUUUUGUUUUUCAAUGAAAGUCCUGAAGAUAUGACUCUGGAUAAUCUAGUUGGUUUCCUCAAUGUUUUCAGUGUGUACUCUACAGUUAAAUACGUGUAAUGACCUGGAGAGGACAUGCAAUAUAAACACUCCUGCAUAUUAGCU